AUGGUAUUACAACGCCGAGCCAACUUGGGAUUGCGACUAAAGCUGGCUAAAUGCGCGUUUUUGCAGAAAGAAAUCAGUUACUUAGGCCAUACCAUCAACAGCCAUGGGCUAGCACCAGACAAGAAGAAAGUGAUGGCUAUUCAAGCUGCACCUGAACCCAAAAAGUGUUACGGAAUUACGGUCCUUCUUGGGAGCUUGGCUGAAGCAGAAAGGAGAUAUGCGCAGAUAGACCGCGAAGCACUCGCAUUGCUGUUCGGAGUGAAGAAGUUCCACCAAUACUUGAGUGGAAGAGCAUUUACAAUCCUUACCGAUCACAAGCCGUUGGUCUCGUUGUUAGGAGAGAAUAAGGGCGUGCCGUUGAUGGCAUCAGGUCGCAUGCAGCGUUGGGCAAUAAUGUUGUGUGGCUAUCAGUAUAAACGACGUUAUCGACCAGGGACGACAAAUGCCAACGCCGAUGCACUCAGUCGGUUACCUUUGUCUGUUAAACCAGAAGUGACAGAGAAUCCUAGUGAAUCGGUGCUAUCACUGCACAUCUUGGAAAUAACCCCUGCCAGACCGAUAACAACUGUACAACUUCGGCAAUUUACAGACAGAGAUGGACAACUGGCAACUGUCAGGCAUUCUGUAUUGAGUGGAUGGCAGAGAGAAGUAGACUCCGAGCUCAGACAUUACUGGAAUCACCGGCACGAGUUAAGUGUCUUGGGUGGUUGUGUACUGUGGGGGUCGCGAGUCAUUAUACCUCAGAAGGCGUGGCCGAUGGUGUUAGAGGAAUUACAUGAGCCUCACCCAGGGGUAUCUGAAAUGAGAAGCCUAGCCAGAAGCUACAUUUGGUGGCCGGGGUUGGAUGCUGAUAUAGAGAAGAUAGCAAAAUCUUGCGGGACAUGCCAAGAGCAUCAGCGAUCACCACCAAAAGCUCCUCUUCACCCUUGGGCACAGCCAGAACGUGCGUGGUCGAGAUUACAUAUCGACUUUGCUGGGCCAUUCUUGGGGCGGUGGUUCUUUAUACUGUCAGAUGCGUACUCUAAAUGGUUGGAAGUAAACCACUGA